GAAGAGGCGUGCCAACUAAAAAAGAAACAUUCUCCAAGUCAGUUUUUUUUUUUCUUCCUUCCUUUUUUCCCUCUUGUUCACACAAUCAGUCCCCAUAAAAAAACUAUCAUGACAAGAGCCAGUGAAACAUUUAGAACUGUUGUUAUUGUAACCAUUAUAUAUACUGUAUUAUUCCUUGGACUUUUACCUUUACCUGAAGUUGUACAAGAUAAACUCAUUCCUGUGUUUCCUUGGUGGGCUUUAAUGACAUUUGGAUCAUACAGUUUGGGUUACCUUGGUUGGCAUAUCCUUACUUUUAGUGAUUGUCCUGAUGCUUAUACAGAACUGAUGCAGGAAAUUCAACUAGCUAAAACUGACCUCAUAUCCAAAGGUGUACAAUUGUAGACCAUAAAAAAAAAAGAAACACUUUUUCCACCCUUUUAUUAUUAUUGUUACUAUUAUUAAAAUACCAUAUAUAUCAGUCUCACACUAUACAAUAAAAUCAAUCAAUCAUUCUUUUUUU